GGUUUCUCCAGAGAGCGCUGCUUCGAUUUGACAGGAACAAGAGAAAAGCGAAACGCCGUAAACACAAACGAGGACCUUCACCAGGAUUCUGAUAUAACCACAAAAGUGUUAUUUGUUUAUAUUCAGAGUGUUGUAUGUUUCAAAGUAAAAAGAAGUAGAUCUGAUAGUGGAAAGUGUACCAUAUUGCAUCAGUGUUAUUUUAUUGGUUACGUGUAGUGUUCGUUUCGAAAUUGAAUUGUUUUGUAAAGAACAAAAAUGGGGAAAAGACAGCACCAAAAGGACAAAAUGUAUCUCACCUAUACUGAAUGGACAACACUGUAUGGUGGUAAAAAAUCAGGACCUGAAACGUCAAAUUUUCGAAGAUUGCCCUUUGACCACUGCUGUGUCUCAUUGCAACCGUUUGUUAAACCCUACUGUGAUAAGCAUGGCAAUAUAUUUGAGUAUGAAGCUGUUUUGGAAUAUCUUGCUAGAUUUAAAACAAAUCCUGUGAAUGGAGAACCCUUAGAUUCCAAAUCAUUGACAAAGCUGAAUUUUUAUAAAAACACAAAAGGUGAAUAUCAUUGUCCAGUAUUAUACAAGAACUUUACGAAGCAGUCUCAUAUUGUUGCAAUACAGACUACAGGAAAUGUGUUUUCAUUUGAGGCUGUGGAGCAGUUGAAUCUCAAAGCCAAAAACUGGAAAGAUUUGUUAACUGAUACACCAUUUCAAAGAAAGGAUAUUAUUACUAUUCAAGAUCCUACUAAUUUGGAAAAAUUUAAUCUGAGCACUUUUCAUCACAUCAAAAAUAAUCUCCGAGUUAUUGAUGAAGAAGCAGAGAAAGAAUCAGCAUCAACUCUGAAAACAAUAUCUAUAGAGACUCAAGAAAUUUUGGGUGAAUUGAGUAGAGAAUACAAAGCUCCAGAAGUAAAAGAAGAAGAAAAGAAAAAAGCUGAUAAGUUCAAUGCUGCACAUUAUUCCACUGGUGCUGUAGCAGCUGGUUUUACAUCCACUACAUUAGCUCCUGAAACUAAACAUGAAGCUGCUAUAAUUGCUGAAGAUUUAGUGAAAUACGAUCGUAUAAAGAAGAAGGGAUAUGUGAGGCUUGUUACAAAUGUGGGAUAUCUUAAUAUAGAGUUACAUUGUGAUAUGGUGCCAAAAGUGUGCGAAAAUUUUAUGAAACUUGCCCAGAAAGGAUAUUACAAUGGUACCAAAUUUCAUCGUUCCAUAAAAAAUUUUAUGAUUCAAGGAGGAGACCCUACUGGCACUGGAGAAGGUGGGGAAUCAAUUUGGGGAAAGGCAUUUGCUGACGAAUUCAAGCCAAAUCUUACACAUACUGGAAGGGGCAUUCUGUCUAUGGCCAACAGUGGCCCCAAUACCAACAAAUCACAGUUUUUCAUUACAUUUCGAUCAUGUCGACAUUUAGAUAACAAGCACACAAUUUUUGGUCGUGUUGUUGGCGGUCUGGAUACAUUGUCAGCUAUGGAACGUGUAGAAACUGACAACAAGGAUCGACCUAUUGAAGAUAUUAUAAUUGAAAAUGCCCAAGUUUUUGUGGACCCUUAUCAGGAGGCUGAAGAAGAACUUGCAGCUGAGAGGGAAGCAGAAGCUAAGAAACGGGAAGAAGCUGCUCGUGCUCCAAAAAUUCUUCCAAGGAGUACUGAUGGGCCUUUAAAAGUAUAUAGGUCUGGAGUAGGAAAAUACAUUAAUAUGAAUAAAAAUGAGAGUGAACCUCAGCCAGAACCAGCACCUAAAAAGAAGAAAGCUUUGGGAUAUGAAUUUGGCAACUUCAGUAGUUGGUGAUUAAUCAAAAUAUACAGAAAGGAGGAUCUGAGUUAGAGACAAAUCUUGAUCUCGUUCUGUUUACAAUUCCAUGUAAAAGAAAGACAUUUGAUUUGCAAAUGGUCUCAUGCAAGAAUUCCUUUCACUAAACAAAAAGGAAUGAGAUGGUCUCAAAGUCAUGAGACAAAUUAACUUAGAUGUACUUAUGACAUGAUGUUCAUAAGUAUGUGAUUCCAGCUGCCAUGCUGCUGAUCCAGCAGCAUAUACUCACUCAUUCUCCCACAUCAGGCGAGACGUGUCUUUGUACCUGUAGCCACAAAACAAACACAAAAAAUGUCUGUUGUAUAUAUUCAAUGCAUUGUAAUUAAUUUCAUUAUAAUCAAUUUUAAAUCAUUGUUACAAAUAUUUUACUUGUUUGAACCUUAAGGUUACAAAAUUUAACCCUUGAGAAGGUGUACAGGCCCAAAGGACAUGAGGAGGUGAACAGGGUUAGAAGACCUUGGAAUGUUGUCUUUUAUACGUACAGAUGUGGUCUUCAGAUGCACUUAUGAAUAUUUGGAACUCAGAAAACCCAUUUUAUUCUUAUUUUGGAACUUAUUCCAACACCUUAAUAGAGUUUAAUUUCUCCAGACUAUGUCCUUAUAUUAACAGACUGUUUGGACAAGCACUGACAAUGCAUAAGAAGUUCAGAAAAAUUGUAGCUGACCUUCUUUCCACAUUUACAGAAAAAUUUAAUUUGUUUUUUGAAAAGGAGGGCUUAAAACAUAUUCACCCUUAGUUGAAUACUUUUCAGCAGAGGCAAAAAUUAUGGUUAUUGUUUAGUUUCAGGGUUCUGAUGCGAUUUUCACUUAUCUUGUUUCAUGGUAUCAAUGUAAUGGGUUGGAAAAGAGAAGUGUGGAUUGUCAUAGCUGACAUAGAACAGCCAGAGUAUUUUAGUAUGCAUAUCCAAUAAAUUUUAUAACUCAUUAUUAAUAUUUUAGGUCAAAGUUCAAAUGUUAACUCGCAUCUGUUGGCAGGAUGUUAUUGUAUUUAUAACCUCAAACUUGUAAAAUGGAUUCAUGCCUUGCUAUAUAUGCCCACUUUCAUUAUGAAGCUUCAGCUUUCAGGGUAUGUCAUUAACAUAAGAUAUCUUUAGUCUGUCCAACACAUAAUUGACAUGGAACAUUGUUCGAACAAGUUUUUGUUAAUGACACCUUUGUCAAUAUCUUUAUUUCCCACAAAAUUCACUAACAUCAUCUAAUUAAUUGUCAUUAAAUGCUGUGUACGUAAUUAUCUUACAGUAGUCAAAAUAACUUAGACUUAAGUUUUGGUAGGUUGGCAACAUAUUUCAUCCUAGGAAGGAAGAAUUCCAUCUAAGGUCCCUGUAAGUAAACUUCAGCCAACAUGAGCUCUACAUACUCUUUUGAAUUGAAUGCCUUUUUCAAUUCCUCUGUGUAAUAUGAAGAACAUUCACUAAACACACAUUUUGAAAGUGUUUAUGAAUAUUCAGCUCAAUGAUAUCUUGCCAAGAAUUGCAUCACUGCACCAAACUCUAGAUUCAACAUAGUAUGAAUGAAUGUUCAUAAUGAUGCACAGAAAUGUGAAACUGACUUAUGGCAUUACUUGUUCUUUUUUUGCUAAGCUUCCUGUGUCAUUUCACUAUGAGUGAAGGAAACAGUUCAAACAGAUAAAUGGCCUUAAGGAAAAAAAGGUUGUUUUUUAAAUUUUAUGUUCUUCCUGUGAAAACAGAGAGUUCAAUUCUGUUCAAAAUAUAAUUAUUUUUCAACAAUUUUAAAAGCUAUUUAUACGCUCUUUCUUUCUAGACUCAUAUUUUGUAUUUACAUUUUAUUUUGUGUCACAAACUACUGUCGUAUUGAACAAUAUUUGCCAUUAGACUAAAGAGCAUGGAAGUGCACAUGAAGUGUGAAAGAUAGCAAACCAAUCACAGUAUUUUUAGCAACUACAUAGGUGUUCUGAUCACAAGUGUUGUUUACUGCUCAUUCUUCAUGUCAGAACAACAUUGUAAAAUUUAAAAAGGUGUUGUUUCAUGUUUGAAGAAAAUUAAAAUGCAGCCGAGUCCCCAUCACUCAUCUUUGAUUUUUGUUGAUACAAUUUAUUUUUCAGUAUUCCAAUAUUUGAGGUUCUUUUUCUUUGUUACAUAUAACAAUGCAUUGUAAAGAGUGUUGACAUAUUUGCUUUCAGAAGCACACUCCUGUAAUUAUAUUUAUAUGCACAAAUAUCAGAAAACAUACCCUUCUUAUAUCUUUAAUUUAUAUUGGGAUGCAUAAUUUGUUGUCUAAGAUAGUUCUAUGAUGAUGUGAAAGUAUGCUGAGAAAAUAUUAAUUUAAUCUUUCUUUGAUGUUACUAAUUUAAAUUUCAUGAGCCCCAAUUGAAAAUUCAUUUUUAUUUCUUCACUUUCUUCCUGAAAAUACAAAAUAAAAAAGCAUACAUGAAAACUCAAUGCAUUUAUUGUUUUCCAAAAAUCUUUGUAUUUUUUACUUUCUCUUUACUACAUAAUUAUGUAAAGAGAAAGUAUUGAAAUACAGCAAGAAUUAGUGAUUUUUCAACAGGAAAAUUGGUAUUGUAGGGUUCUGGUAACAAAAAAAGUGGAUAAAUAUUUUUCUUGUAUGUAGUAAAUGAAUUCCUCUUGAGUAAUAACAAUCUGUGUUUCAUGGGUUCUUGAUAUAAAAAAAUUGAUAUGUGAAAUAUUGAUGUGGAAUAGUGAAAUGUCAGGCUGUGGUUGUGGUCAACACUAGCGCCUAAACCAUUCAGACGAUUUUCUUCAAAAUUGAUAUUUCCCAAUCAAUCCCAAUGACCUUCAGGCCGUGUAUGUUUAAUCCAGAUAUUUUGAUGAAGAGAGUGGUAUUUUGUGUCUACCUAUACAUUUAAAUUCAUUAUUAUUGUAUGAUAUCAAAAUAUUAAUUAUGAUUAGUUGUUAAAUUUGACUUUUUGACACAUCAUAACAAUAAUGUAAUGUAAUUAAUGUAAAUGUUCCAGAACUGGAAGUAGUUUUAAUUACAUUUUGUAGACAUAUUUACCAAUCUUGGUAAACAGAAGAUUGUUUUACAAAACUGUUUCCUCUUUUAGAAAAGAAACUUACAAAUUUUUGUUUAUUUUAAAUGGAAGAUUGCUAUUCUUAGCAAUCCUAUUUGGAAUGUGGAUGAGUUAUGUAUUGGUAUACAGGUCAUUCCAAGUAAAAUCAUACGAACUUUUAUCGACACUCCAAAUUACCUGAAAACGCUCAUAGCUUUUCAUUUUCAUCUAAAAAUAAGGAGAAAUGUGCUUAUUUGUUUUAGUUCAUUGAAUUUUCAUUUAUAUUUCAUAUAACAGCAUUUAGCUGUUUUUGUCCCUGUUCACUGAGCACUAAGAAACAAAAUUGUAUUAAGUUGUAAAAUUAAUACAAACAAUAGAUAUUUUAUAAUUUCGAAUGCAUAGACACAUAAACUUUUGUUAUAAAUCACUAAUUCUCAAAAAUGCUCACAAUACUCUCAAAAACGAAGAAAACUAUUCAUACUUUGUAAACGGGUAAUAUAUGAAAUGAUUUUAAAACGUUUACUGAGAAAUGAAUUCCGGCAAGAGUGUUGUGGAGCUACAACAGUAUCUACUUCCUCGUAUUAUUGGCAAUGGUUAGGUCAUAUUACUAUAUAUCACCUUUUACUUACUUUUUUUUGCCAUCUCUUAAAAAAUCCAAACAUACGAAGUUGCAGAGUUUAAAAAACUACACCUAUAUCUCUCUCUUUUUAAAAUAAAAGUUUAAAUGAAAAUAGCAUUUCGUGGAAUUUAAUGACGUAUUGUCAUAUUCUUGAAAGUGUUACUUAUAUUUUCGUGAUCCUCCACCGAAAAAAAAUUCAUUGAGGUUGCCUUGCAGAAAAUUUUUUGGUGCAUUAUGAAAUUUAUUACAAUAAUGUGAUUCAGGAAAUACUUGUUACUAAAUAUUAAUAUUAUGA